UUUUUAUUUUUUGUGUACUUAAGCAUUCAUUAAAAAUGUUAAUAUUUAUUAUAUUAAUUGCUUGUUUAUUACCUCUAAUAUAUUUGGAGUUAAGAACAUAUAAAUUAAAACAAAUGAUUAAACAUACACCGGGUCCCAAGACAUUGCCUUUGGUGGGCAAUGCUCAUCAAAUGGGAAAAACUCCAAGUGCCAUAUUAAAUGAUUUCUUUAAUUGGUGGUAUGAAUUCAAACAAGAUAAUGUUACAGUUUGGAUUGGAUACUAUCUAAAUAUUGUGGUGGCCAAUAUUAAGGAUAUAGAGUUUAUUUUAACCAGCAACACUUUAAUACAAAAAUCCGACAUCUAUGACAUGUUACAUCCCUGGCUGGGUGAAGGUCUCUUGACCAGUUUCGGUGCCAAAUGGUUUAAACAUCGUAAAAUGAUAACGCCCUCGUUUCAUUUCAAGAUUUUGCAAGACUUCCAUGAAGUCAUGAAUGUCAAUUGCAAUACAUUUGUGGAGAAAUUGAAAAAUGUGGCCAAGGGUGAAUCUAUAAUUGAUUUCCAGGAUCAGACACAUUAUUUGACAUUGGAUGUGGUUUGUGAUACCGCCAUGGGUGUGCACAUUAAUGCCAUGGAUAAUCAUGAUGCGGAAAUUGUUAAUGCUUUUAAAGAUAUGUGCUAUAAUAUCAACAUGCGUGCCUUUCAUCCUUUGAAGCGUAGUCAUGCCAUCUACAAAUUCUUUCCAGAUUACCAAAACUUUCGAAAGACUUUGAAAAUUUUACAAGAUUUUACAUAUGAGGUCAUCGAAAAACGCAUUGAAACUCGCAAACAAGAGGAGGCGCAAAAAAUGGAAACUGUGGAAGAUGAAUUUAGAAAACGCAAAAUGGCAUUUUUGGAUACCCUCCUCUCAUCCACCAUAGAUGGACGACCCUUAAAUACCCAAGAACUCUAUGAAGAAGUAUCAACAUUUAUAUUUGAGGGUCACGAUACCACUACCUCUGGCAUAACAUUUGCCACAUAUGUGCUGUCGCGUCAUUUGGGUAUACAGCAGCAGGUCUAUGAAGAGCAGCAAAGAGUAAUGGGAGGCAAUAUGAAAAGAGAUGCUACAUUCCAGGAAUUAUCGGAAAUGAAAUAUUUGGAUUUGGUUUUAAAAGAAGCACAACGUUUGUAUCCCAGUGUGCCCAUGAUAAGCAGAUCGGCUGAAAAGGACUAUAUUAUAAAUGGCAAAUUAAUACCCAAAAAUACUUCUUUGAAUAUAUUCCUCAUGGCUUUGGGCUACAAUGAUAAAACCUUUCCCGAUCCUUAUCGCUUUAAGCCGGAGCGCUUUGAUUUGUCGAAUAGAACGGAAAACCAAAAUCCUUUUGAAUAUGUACCCUUCAGUGCUGGCCCACGUAAUUGUAUUGGACAGAAAUUUGCUCAAUUGGAAAUUAAAACAGUGGUAUCGAAAAUUGUGCGUAAUUUUGAAAUUUUACCCGCCCUCGAUGAAUUGGAAUCUAAAGAUGGCUAUGUAAGCACCUACUUUGGACCUCAUAAAUAUAACAAGCCCCAGCAUAAAUACGAACCCAUACUGUCGGCAGUAUUGACCUUGAAAUCAGAAAAUGGUGUACAUUUAAGAUUAAAGGAAAGAAAUUAAUUAAAGAUUUUUAUUUAAAAUAAA